UGGGCGACAGGUAGCUACGGCAGGUGCGGCUUUGUCCCCAUAGCAUCCGGGAGGCAAACAAAACUGUAAACUUCGCACCUGAGCUAAUUGGACAUCUUUCCUGUGGCUGUCAGGGAUGGCGCGCCACACUCCCAGGAUCUUUUCGUUGGUGUGUGUAACCGUACUUGUGCUUUUAAUGUUACUUGUUUCUUUUGGAUUUUUCUCAGAAAGCAUCAGCCCGUCUACUUUGGUGGGAUACAGAAGCGUUUUUGUUGACGGUGACUUUGAGUUCUGGGAUAAAAAAGCAAACUCGACUUCACCACCUGAUGUGAUUAAAACAACACUUGGUAAUUCUACAAAGGGCGAGACUCCCAUGCCUCCACUGAACAUAAGUUCCUACGAGAAGCUUCCAAUAUGGGAUUUUGAAGAUGUUUAUAACCAGGAUGCCCCACCCAGACCGCGAACUUGUGCCCAGUCUCUGCGAAACUCCGAGGAUGAAGGCUUCAAGGCGGCUUUCCUUCCUAACAUACGUCUGUAUAUGCAUAAGGACAACGUCAACAUGAGCGAGUGGAACAGGCUGUCACAUUUUAACAACCCUUUUGGUUUCAUGGGACACAAGUACAAAGAUGUAAUGGAGGCAGUGAAGUUGAUCCCAAAGCCAAAUGAGCCACUAUUCCCUCCAAAGCCUGGGAGCAAUGGGUGUGUGAGAUGUGCUGUGGUGGGCACAGCAGGGAUCCUCAAUGGCUCUAAGAUGGGGAAAGAGAUCAAUAGUCACGAUUAUGUUAUCCGGAUGAAUGGUGCGGUCAUUAAAGGUCAUGAGGAGGAUGUAGGAAACAGAACUGAUGUAUAUGUCCACACGGCCCACUCCAUCACUGCAUCAAGCCAUUUGUUGAAGAAGUACGGCUACGCAGGUGCCCCUUCUGAUGAGGGAAUAAAAUACGUGAUGAUUCCUGAGGGAUUGAGGGAUUAUUAUUGGCUCACAGCUCUUCUCAAAAGACAGAGGGUUGCUUCUGGCAUAUUUCGCAACCAUCGGCCAUGGACGUUCUACAGCGAACCGUUUGAGGAGAGUCGCUUUUAUGUUCUGCACCCGGAUUUCCUCAGAUACAUACGAAACAGGUUCUUAAAGUCUAAAAAUGUGAACGCCAGGUACUGGCCGUUGGUCAGACCGACCAACGGGGCAUUUACUCUCUUCUUGGCUCUGCACACAUGUGACAUUGUGAGCGCGUACGGAUUCAUUACGGAGGACUUCAAGAAAUACAACAACUACUACUUUGAGAACAGUGUUAAAACAAAUGUCAUUUUCUUUAUCAACCAUGACUAUAUAUUGGAGAAGAAUGAAUGGAAAAAACUUCAUGACACCAAAAUAAUGAGACUUUACCAAAGACCGGACUCAGGAACGGGGAUUGCAUAG